AUGCAUGAGGUGACAUGGGACCAAACUCUGGAGAGUAAGCUUAAAAAGAUGACAUGCGACGAGAGAGCGUCUUCCGGCUCCGACUAUGUCGUUUUUGGUUUCUCCGAGUUAAUGGAACUUGAGAUAAAAAACAAAGAUGACAUAAAAAAGCCAAUGUACCAUCCGCUUCAAACCAAGAUUGCAUGCGGAAAGAUAAUGUGCAAUGACGAAUAUGUAUGUCUUCUGGGACCUAAAAACUCCCCAGUCAAAGAGUUGGAUAUCAAGCGUGGAUCCCCUGGAACUGGAUGCUCUGGUGGAGAUGGAUCCAGUGGAUUGUGUAUGGGAGGUGGUGGUGGUAGUGGUGGUGAUGGAAAAGCUGUCUCAUCUGCACCCAUGCCAAUGGCUCUCUUGUCUCUUGCUCUCGCUCUUAUCAUGGCAUAG